AUGGGUAUCAAAGGUCUGACCAGCUUGCUUGUGGAACAUGCUCCGAAGGCCAUACAAGAGCACGAUAUCAAGACCCUGUUUGGUCGUAAAGUCGCCAUCGACGCGUCUAUGUCCAUCUACCAAUUCUUGAUAGCUGUGCGACAGAAGGAUGGUGAGCUUUUGACCAAUGACGCGGGUGAGACUACGAGCCAUCUUAUGGGUUUCUUCUAUCGGACCAUCCGCAUGGUGGAAAAUGGUCUCAAACCGAUGUACGUGUUUGACGGCAAGCCUCCAGAACUGAAGGCCGGCGUGCUCUCAAAGCGUCUGGCACGGAGAGAGGAGGCGAAGGAGGAAGGGGAGGAGGCAAAGGAGACAGGUACAGUAGAGGACGUCGACCGCUUCUCAAGGCGCACGGUCAAGGUGACGCGAGAACACAACGAGGAAUGCAGGAGACUCCUCGGCCUGAUGGGGGUCCCUUUCGUUGUGGCACCGUCAGAGGCGGAAGCACAAUGUGCGGAACUUGCACGCGGUGGCAAGGUGUAUGCCGCCGGUUCAGAAGACAUGGAUACACUUACAUUUAACGCCCCUGUACUGUACCGGCACCUGACGUUCUCCGAAGCUCGCAAGCAACCCAUCAGCGAAAUACAUUUGGAUAAGGCGUUAGAGGGUCUUGAUAUGACCAUGUCUCAGUUCAUUGACCUUUGCAUCCUUCUUGGAUGUGACUAUCUCGAGCCAAUUAAAGGAAUCGGCCCGAAAUCUGCACUGAAGCUUGUUCGUGAACACGGCAGCUUGGGCGCGAUUAUUGAGCACCUACGAGAGAAGGUUGCCGCUAAAGAGGAUGCAGAGGAAGAGGGGAAGAAAAAGAAGGGCGGCAUUGUUAUCCCAGAAGACUGGCCCUGGGAGGAGGCUAAGAAGGUCUUCGCGAAGCCUGAUGUUACACCUGCGGACGAGAUCGAGGUUGAGUGGAAGAGUCCCGAUAUGGAGGGCUUGGUGCAAUUCUUGGUGAAUGAGAAGGGUUUCAAUGAGGACCGUGUACGAAAAGGCGCGGAGAAGCUAGCCAAGCACCUUAACUCAAAACAACAGGGCCGGUUGGAUGGCUUCUUCAGCGUAAAAGCAAAGACGUCGCCGACGAAAAAAGAGAAGGGCGACGAGAAAAGCAAGGGCAAGGGCAAGGGCACAAAGCGGAAGGUAUGUGGACCUUACACACUUGCAUGA